AUGGCGGGCGGCAGCGUGUGGUCGCGGCGGGUGGCGGCGCGCACGCGCACGCUGCGCGGGCUCGUCCGCGACACGCAGCGCUCAUUGCACGAUGUUGCUGAUAUAUUGCACUUUGAUUCUGAGGUAUUCUCAACAGUGCAAGAAGUAGGCAACCACUCGCAACGCAGCACAGCUCUAGUUAUACUGGGCACAUCUGCCUCGGCGCGGGCGCGGCUCCUACACUGCCUGCUAGGACACCAACUACUGCCUGACCCACCGCCAAGAGGGUGUCGAUGGAUCCGCAUCCAGUACGGCAGUGGCAGCCAGCGUCAGGUACACCUGACACUCGGCAACUCGGAGUUCGAGCUGGUGGAGGAGCUCGAGUGCAACAAGAGACCCUGGGACACGCUGCCUGCUCAGGACCUCAUAAGACAAGAUAAGACUGAUCUCACCACAAUAUUAGAAGUGGAAAUCAACAACCAGUUCCUCAAAGAUGGUCUCCGCAUCAUCCUACCUCCAGACCUGGACGUAGACCCUGGAAUAUCCAGCAUUCAGAACCUCAAGAAAACCCACGCAGACCUCUACUCAAAAAGAGACAGUAUUUUGAAAAAUUUCAACCCAGUGUACCUUUUUGGAAUUGAUAGGAUUGGAAAAAAUAUUUUUAGUGAAAAUAUUAGUGGGAAUAUAACCACUUCUAGAAGUGAAGAGGACUUUUGGAAUACUUUUAAUUUGUAUUCUAUGGCGAGAGUGGGGAGUAGCGGGGAAGUGGGGGACAGUGGGGAUGGGGAUGGUGAUAAGAGUGAAGUGAAACGAGUCUGGAACGAGAGUCGAGAGCCGGCUGUGUUCUCUAGUGAGAACUGCUUAGAUCUCCAUCAAAUUAAAGAGAUCAACCCCAACUCACAAGUGCUGUUCGUUCUCUUCUCAAACAGCGAAGACAUGAACCGAACAGAAGAUAACCCAGAAGAGAACAAAAAACCGGAGAAGAGGAUCAAUGUUGAUGCUCUUAAGUGGAUAUUUAGUUCCAGACAAAGCCAGGAGGCACAAAAGUCCACAGAGAACAAAGCUAAAGGAGAGGAAACAAGACUGUAUGAGGAACAGAGAGCCUUCAUGACUGAUAUGAUGGACCAGUGGGAGGUCAUGUCCACUGCGCCCCCGAAGUACAAUGUAAAGAGUCAGUGCGUACUGCUGGACGACUCCGACCUACUUCGCGGCGCAGACCACACGGGCCUCGCUACACUCGCCACACUGCACGCGGGGGAGGGAGCCGCGAGGACCAAGGAUGAGAAGGUGGUGAAGUCCAGACUGUCACUGCUCAGUACUGUGGUGAAGUUCGCCGCAGACUGCCUGCAGAGCUACCUACUGGAGUACUGCACCAAGCUUAGUGAGGUGCACGUGCGUCUCCUGCAGCGCUUUAUCCUGGCGUCGUUCGACCUGGCGCGGGAGUUACAGGUCGUGCCGCGGAAGAUACAGUACGUCGCCACUCAGGAACAACAACUCUAUGAGACUAUAAACGAGAAGUUCUCGGAGGGCGACAAGAAGCGCGAGCUGCUGCAGAUCAUGCAGGAGGUGCUCGACGAGAUGAAGGCAGAGGUCAAUAAUAUGGACUGGAGUGUUGAUGACCUCCCCUGGCACCAAGACCCUCGCUUCAUAGUGUCGAACUCCAUCUUCUACUCGUCGUCCCGCUCGGCCAGCUCCCCGGAGCGCGUGUCGCUGCGCCUGCGCAGUCCGGCCGACCUGCCCUCCGACGGGGAGGAGGCCGUCUCCUACGACACGUACAACUUCGACGACUACGAGAUCAUACGGACCAACGACGAGAGCUACUCGGACUCUUUUGGGAAGAGUAAACCGCCGGAGUCCUCAGCGGAGGAAUCAGUCCAGUACAGCCACAUCCGCGUGGAGAACGAGGGAGGGGAACUGUCCUCCCUGGCCGCCGCGCCCAGUGUCAACUCCUGCUCGUACAGCGGACACCUGUCCAUGAAGCAAGCCUCGCUGGACGUGCAGCAGACUGUUCUCUCUAAACUGAGCCAGAAGAUCAGUUUGAAAUUAGCCAAGUUUGUGGACUGUCUCAAGGAUACGUACUUCGGUACUCUACAGAGAUGCCUGGACUCCCUGGAGUCAUCGUGUCGCCAGGAGCUGGGUGGUCGUCCGGCCAGCGAGGCCAUGCGCCAGCUGCUGGGCGUCGCGCGGACGGUGGACCUGUCGCCUUGUGCAUCAUUCCCAGUACUACGGUCACUGCUGGAGUCUUUAAGACGGAUACUGUACAAACUGCGGCUGGUGGGCGGCGGCGCUGCGGAGGCGUGCUGCGUGCUGUCGCCGGUGUGGCGCCGCCGCGUGGCGCUGGCCGCGCUGCAGCAGCUCGCGCCGCACAGGCUCGCGCGGCUCAUCUCCACACAGAUACUAGAAAGACUGAGCAUGGCGCACGAAAAGUACCAGUCGGCGCUAACAUCGCUAGAAACUGCCCUGGCUGGCAGACUGCAUCAUACUGAAGAUAUCAAACUAGCUAUUAGGAAAAAGUAUGCGCCCACAUUCGCGCGGCUGUGCCUAGAAAGUACGUCUAUGUGUGAUCUACUCAUGUAUGGAACUCCAGAGCUGGGCCGGGAGAUAGGUCGCGGUCAAUACGGCGUAGUAUACAGUGUCCGAGGUAGCUGGGCGGGGCGGAGUCCGGUCGCGGUGAAGUCAGUGCUUCCCGCUGAUGACAGGCAUUACAGGGAGCUUGCCAUGGAGUUCUUCUAUACCAGGAGUAUCCCUGCCCACCCCCGUAUAGUCCGUCUGUUCGGUUCAGUCGUGCAGCGUCACAGCGGCGCCGGGCCCUGCGUGCUGCUGGUCCAGGAGAGGAGGGUCCGGGACCUGCACGCUGCGGUUAGGGCUGGACUCAACUUCGUGGCCAGGAUACGGAUCGCCAGGGAUAUUGUUGAAGGUAUCCGCUACCUCCACUCGCUGGGGCUGGUGCACCGCGACAUAAAGAUGAAGAACGUGCUGCUGGACGCGUGCGACCGCGCCGCGCUGUCCGACCUCGGCUUCUGCGCGGCCGAGGCGCUCAUGUCGGGCUCCGUCGUCGGCACGCCCGUCCACAUGGCGCCCGAGCUGCUGGCCGGGGACUACGACGCCGCUGUCGACGUCUAUGCCUUCGGGAUACUGUUCUGGUACGUAUGUGCUGGCAACAUCAAGCUACCUUCAGCGUUUGAGACAUUCCAGAAUAAAGAACAGCUGUGGAGUAAAGUCAAACGAGGUCUUCGGCCCGAACGCCUCCCCCACUUCACAGACGAAUGUUGGGAGGUGAUGGAGUCGUGCUGGGUGUCGGAGCCAGCCCAGAGGGCGCUGCUGGGCGACAUACAAACCAAGCUCGAGCACAUCCACACACUCGCGCUCGCAGACACCUCGCUACACGACGUCGGCGCCGCGCCCGCUGACGUCGACUCCGAUAAUGAGAGCCUGGACAUGACCGGGAUUGAUAGAACUUGA